CUAGAGAGGACCCGCGUCUCACCACCCGGGGACUCCGGGCCAGCAGCGCCGCCGAAGCGCCCCAGCAGGAGCGGCCCCUUUAAGGAGGCAGGCUCCCGGCUCGCGGCUCGCUGAUUGGCGGAGCGGAGCCCCGUGGCAGGCCGGCCGAGUCCCAGGCGGCCGGGUGGGCUCCGGUGGGGGCCGCCGCCUCUCCGGGGAAGCCGCGAGAGCUGCCAGAUGAUCGGGAGGCGGUCCCUGCUCGGCCUCACCUUUUGCACCUGCUACCUGGCUUCUCACCUCACGAACAAGUAUGUCCUGUCUGUACUGAAAUUUACCUACCCUACGUUAUUCCAAGGGUGGCAGACAUUCCUCGGUGGACUUUUGCUUCAUGUGUCAUGGAAACUGGGCUGGGUGGAGAUCAACAGCAGCUUCAGAUCUAAUGUUUUGGCAUGGCUUCCUGCUGCAGUGCUGUUCGUGGGGAUAAUCUAUGCAGGGUCCAGAGCUUUGUCCAGAUUGGCUAUUCCUGUGUUUUUCAUUUUGCAUAAUGUAGCUGAGGUUCUCAUCUGCGGGUACCGGAAGUGUGUCUGGAAAGAGAAAACAUCGCCCACAAAGAUCUGUAGUGCCCUCUUUCUCGUGGCUGCUGCAGGGUGCCUUCCCUUCCAGGAUGCACAGUUUGAUCCAGAUGGCUAUUUUUGGGCUGUAAUUCACUUAUUUUGUGUAGGGGCUUACAAAAUACUUCAGAAAUCCCAGAAGCCCAGCAUGUUAAGUGACGUUGACCAGCAGUACUUAAACUAUAUAUUCAGCGUGGCACUCCUGGGAUUUGCGUCUCAUCCCACAGGUGACCUCUUCAGUGCCCUGGACUUUCCAUUCCUGCAUUUCUACAGAUUCCAUGGCAGCUGCUGUGCCAGCGGAGUUUUAGGAUUCUUUCUCAUGCUCAGCUCGGUAAAGCUGAAAAGCAUUCUGGCCCCGGGACAAUGUGCAGCCUGGACUUUCUUUGCUAAGCUUCCUGCUUGGUGUACUUGGCGAGGCCCUGCUGGUUAUCUCAGAGCGGAGGAGUUCCUGAUGAAGAUGUGCAGGAAAAGCAAACACACACCUUGCUGCUGGAGCAGAAUACAGCACUCUGGCCUCCCUCUUGAGAGACAGAGAAAGAACACACCACAGAGAGACCAAGCUGAACUCAGUGUUUGCUGAUGGUUCAGAUAACCCGCUUUCUCAUUGCUUAGGAGAGGAUUUCCCAGGGGCCCCUGCACUGCUGCAGAGAAAGGGUCCAUUUUACUUCUUCCCAUGCUGGGCCAUCUCCACUCUCUGCACCCAGUUUUGCAGAGUCAGGAGGCAGAGGAUCUUAAUGGGAUGGCUGUGUCAUCUGGGUGGACUGUAGCCUCUGCACUAAGCCUGCCUUCCACCAGACGCUUGUAGAGUUGCGGUCACAGUCCAUGGAAUCUUGUUGCAUUUUUCUCAUGUUGUUUUGUAUCUUUACAUCUUGGAGUUUCUUUUAUUCUUUGAUUUUUCUGGUUUACCUGGAGCCCAUACCACCCACAAAAAAAAAGACAUGUAUGCUUCUGAGGGCCAUGUAGGGCAGGGCAGGUGUGGGGGCUGAGCAAGGGUUCUGGACCAAGUGAUACACCAGGAAAAAUCUUUAGACUGUGCUCUGAGUGGAGGCCUUUUGGUUGAUGCUGAUUUAUUUCCAGCUUCUAAAUUUUUCUUGGUUCUUGUGAAUUUGUCCUGACAAAUGUGUUGAAUUCUGUAGACUCUUGACCACCAUUAGGUUAAUCUGGUGACUAACCAGUUACCUGAAGCCUUUUAAGAACUGGGUGGGUCUUAAACACCUCACCUGCUCUGCCUCCUGAGUGCAGAGACUGCAGGCUAUUCUUUAAUACAUGUAAUGGCUUCACGUCUCAGACGAGAUCUCAAGGCACUGAACACUGGAUUUUAUCCCUCACACCAGAUGAAUGAUUGGAGUAAAGUCCCACACCUUACCACUAGAGAAGAAACAACUUUACACAAAAUAGUCACUUGAUUCCAAAUCCAUUAAGGCUUAAGAAAAUAAUGUUUCAGUGUAGAUAUUUCUUCUCACUGAUUUUACAAAUACUUGAUUCUAGCAAGUGUCACAGAGUUUUGGUCAUACUGAGGUCACUUCACCAGCCCUGAAAUGUAGGAGACUUGUGUCAUUGUUAGAGACCCUUGGGGCUCUGGGAACUUGUCCCAGGCUCAGUCUGAGGAGGAAUAAAGUCAGCUCCAUUAUUGCUGAAUGUUUUUUUCCAACUUGUUGGAAAACAAAGAAAAUGAAACAAUAGAAUAGAUGUAUGUAUUAAGAAUGUGAGGAUCUUUAGCUCAUGUCUUUUUCUGGCCUCUGCUUAUCAUUUAAGGUAAAAAUGUUCUAAGAUUUAAUGCUUAUGUAGUUUGCGAUUCACUUUCUUAGAGUAUUUUUUAGAUUGUUUGUUCUAUUAUUUUAUAUGUAUUGUGCACCAUGUGUAUGCCUGGUACCUGUAGA